AUGGAGAUCAAAGGCGAAGAGCUGGAGGGGGGGGUGGGGUGGGGUCACAGAGGCGUGGUGUCCAGUGGCUUCACGAUGGUCUUUAAUCCUGACGAGGGCAGAGCAGACAGAGAGAGACCAAACAGCAGCUCCCAGGGAGGAGAGGCGAGCAAAACGGGGGACGGACAGAAGCCGCCCCUGCCCCCUUUCGCCAGGACCUCCUUCCCCUGGCCGGUCCGGGACAGCAGCACGCAGACGCAGGACGAGUCUAUCCGGAUCCACCUCCAGCCGGUCCGGUUCUGGGCGUCGCGGGUCAGCGCGCGGACGAACGACUGCCGGGCCUUGCACUCGCUCUGCCACUGCUUCCUGUCCACGCCCAGGCAGCCGCCGCCCGCCACGCCCGUGCCCGCCGACCGCCCCCCCGCCGCCCCCGCCGACCCCCCCCUGGCCCCGCCCCCCCGGUGCGGGUGCUGCUCGGCCUGCCGGCACCGGGUCUCGUAG